AUGUAUGCCGUGCGCCUGGCAGUUUUGGCAUGGAUUUGUGCCCUUCACGGCACGUACGCUGCAAGAACAGCAGCGGAACAUGUUACACGUGCACAAAAAGACAGCUUCGAGCUUGAGCUUGAGAGGAAUUUCUCAAGUCCAGGCGCAAGUGCGAAUGCGACGGGUCCAGAACAAGAAGGGAAGAAGAGCAAGACUGAAGAUGAGACGGCAAAGCUCGAUGCAUCAGACGCCGACCCUGUCGAGACAGCAGGCACCGUGUUGGUAUUGAAUGCCUCCGACAUGUCGAGGAUGAAGCUCGAACAAGGCCCGGGCGGCGGCACCGUCAUCUCAACUGUAAUCUCAACUGCCAACAACUCAGCUGGCCUCGGGAAGUUUCAUUCUGGCCAACUUGUCAGAUUAGGCGGACAUUAUGUGCGCUAUUCGCAUCCUUCGGUGGUUCGGUCGGUCUGGGCCAGAGCACUCAAUGAAACAGGUGGCCAUGGUAUCACCGCUAUGCUCAUGGAGGGGGAGGUUGACUCAGUUGAAGAUCUGAUGAUUCUUGUGGGAGUGAUCCCCGCACUUGCGUCUCUCUACGUGGCAGUGAUCGCGCUGCCCUGGUUCAUUGGCGAGGUUAUUGUCUUUGGCAGAAUACUGUCAGAUGCCAAGCCGCCGACGUGGCCUGAGACCAAUAAGCCUUGGGAGCAGGAGAACAUUAUGACCAAAUUCGAGCAAGUCGAGCAGAAACUGGGAAUCACGACACAGCCGCCAUACAAGCUGCAACCCUUUCAUAGUCAAUGGCAACCCCCCAAGCAUUUACAUUUUCUGAACAUGAUUGGCAAUCAGUACCUGUGGGGGGUGGUCAUUCUUUUUCAAGCUGCCUACCUUGGCAAAGUGUUCGUUUUCAACAUACAGUUCCUGUUGGUCGAUCCGACAUCAGUAUCAGUGAGCUUUGCAGUCGCUUUCCUGGGGCUUGUUGAGGCCAUCUCCGUUUCUUGUGGCGUGAAAUGGGCACAGACAAACGACCUAGCAAGUGCCGGCAAGGAGUUUCAUUGCCCCGUGCCCAAGGAUGUCGAACUGAAACAACGGUUGGAACAGCAGAUGCUCAGUUGCAUGGUGCCAUGUUUCGUGAGCAUGUGUCUUCUUUUUCCGAUUGGAUUCUUCAAAGCGCACGCGCUCUUCUUGAUCGUCGUCGGCUCCACACCCGGCUUCAUGCCACUAGUGUCUAACAUGGUUUGGGAUCUGAACAGAGCCCUCGUGAAGAUGGCUAUGUUGGGGUUGAUGCUGCAUGUGUGCCUCCUUGCUCGGAUUGCCAAGACGCAUGUGGAGGCGCUGAAGCAAGAAGUGGUUACUGUCUACGUCAAGCAGAAGGAGGCCACGGCCGACACUACGAGCAGUCAUGGCCAGUUCAACAAGGAGCGCAUGGAGCUGGUGCAUGCCUAUGUCGUAAAAGUGGCCGUCUUGAUCUUGCCACGCUUGCCCUCGGUGGGAAUGGCAGCAGUGGUGUCUGUGGCCUGCAGCCUUGUGAGGACGCUGUUGGUGAUUCUGACGUUCCUUACUUCUGAGCGCUCCGUGUCAGAGCUGUGGUACGUAAUUGCCCGAAUGAUAAUCGAGUUCUCUGGAGCUAUGUGCUUACUUCCACUGACAGAGGUAUCAAAUGCUUGCGAUGACCUACAGCCGGAGCUGAACAAGCUGAGGGCUGUGAGCAAGCCAGAUGACGACAAGCACAUUCGCAGGACUGAGGCGUACAUCAAGAAGGCCAACGAAGGACAGGGACUUGGCUUUGUGCUGUAUGGCGUUGGCAUGGUGGUAAACCGCCGCAUCCUGGUUUCAGUGGGCGUCAAAAUCGUGACGUUCUCUUCGAUAGGCCUGACCCUUGCCAAGAGGUACAUCGAAGACCAAAAGCACUACAUGGCUGAGUACAAGACCUCCUGA